AUGGGGCUCUGCAUGUCUAGCGGCGGGGCGACGGUGGCGGCGGUGCGCUCGGAGGGGCUGGCCACCUCGACGGCGAUGGUGCUGCUGCCAACGGGGGAGCUGCGCGAGUACCCGCGCCCUGCGACGGCGGCGCAAGCCCUCCAGGACUCCGUGGAGGCAGGAGACGGCUCCGCCGGGUGGUUCCUGUGCGACGCCGACGCGAUGGGGUUCGAGGGUCCCGUGGCGGCCGUGGGCGGGGGCGAGGAACUCCGCCCGGGCCAGAUCUACUUCGUGCUCCCCGCCGAGGUUAAGAGGAACGGGCUCCGCCGCGAGGACGUGGCCGCACUCGCCGUCAGGGCGUCCGCGGCGCUCGUCAGCAAGGCCAACACCAACGCCUCCGGCAGCGGCGGACGGAGGAGACGCGCCGGCUCUGUCUCUCCGCUCGUGUUCGCCCCGCCGCCGGAGGUGGACGAGACUCUUGCCUACAAGACCGUGCCGGCGCUGGUAGUCAAGAAGCGCCCGGUGGCGCGCGUAAAGAGCGCCGGGAGAAUGCAGCCGAGGUUCGCCCCGGAUCUGACCGCCAUUCCUGAAUGCGAGUAA